UGUCUCGUAGGGACUUUUUGGUCUAUGCUUGUGUCUGUGUGAUAAGAUAAAAAAUCUUCGCUCACCGAAAAGAUCAAAAUAUUUGAGUUUCAAUCUACUUUUAGUAAAGAAAAGUGUGAAAAUGUUUUGUGUGCGGAAAAAUAUUAGGUAACUGGAUAUCAUAUGGAAGACGAAACACCUCAAGAAAGACAACAAAACGAGUUAGAAGUAUUAAAAGCUAUUUUCACUGAUCAGUUCAUCAAUUGUAAUGAAGCAAAUGCAACAUGGACACCUUUGGAUGUAAUUGUUACGGUUGUACCGCAAAAAGAAAACAGCGGUCCGCUGGAAAUCCACGCUCAGCUGGAUUUGCACGUAAUCGCUUGCGAAGAGUACCCUAAUAAAGUACCUAAAAUAAUGUUGGAGAAACCCAGAGGACUAUCUGACAGACAAGUUGCCGAAAUACUCACCAAACUAGAAGAGUUGGCGAAUUCUCGUGUUGGCGAAGUGAUGAUUUUUGAAUUAGUUUCCUAUGUACAGACAGUAUUAACCGAAUGUAACAAACCCUCAUUUCAAUCGUGUUACGAAGAAAUGUUAUCAAGACAAAAAGAACAGAAACAGAAAGAAGUAGAAUUACGGAAAACUGAAGAAGAUAUGAAAAGACAGCUUAUAGAGUUGGAAGUGAAAGGUAUUAAGAAAGAAAGACAGAAAAAAAUUAAAACGAAAAAAUCGGUCGAAGGUAAUACUCAUUAUGACAACGAAGCUGAUCACGUAAUGAAAAAACUUGUUCUUGGAAGUCCGGUUAAAGAUAUCGUAAAUAUAAAUAAAGAUCGUAAAUAUAGUGAAACGUGUAAUGGAAGCGAUGAAAGUUUCAGCAGUACUAUAUCGUAUUUCAAUCUCAAUUCCCGACUGAUAAGAGAAUUCGAAAUUCUAAAUUUUGUUGGAAAAGGCGCUUUUGGAGAUGUUCUGAAAGUUCGCAAUAAAUUGGAUGAUUGUCUUUAUGCCAUCAAGCGAAUCCAGUUAAAGUUGAAAAAUAAACAAAUGAACAAAAAAAUCACUAGAGAAGUAAAACUUCUGUCGAGGUUAAAUCAUGAAAAUGUCGUUCGUUAUUAUAACUCGUGGUUGGAGAAUUCGGAAUCACUGUCAGAAGAUAUUUCAGUUCAUCAAAUUGAUGGUUUUGAAGACAAAGUUGAUUUUCCAUUAGAAAACAAGGCUAUGAAAUCAUUGACGGAUAAUUUAAAUUUAAGUUUUCCGCACCCGGGUUCUGGUCCCAGUUUUAGUGACGAAGAUGAAGAUGACGAGGAUGACGAAGAUGACGAUUGGAUUGAAUUUAUUGAACAAAACGUCGAAGUUGAUGGCCCUGUUGGUACCGAUUCGAGUUAUCAUAUUAGUAACGAAACUGACGACGCUUCCAUCAAUCAAUUUAUGUACAUACAAAUGGAAUAUUGUGAAAAAAGUACCUUACGAAACGCGAUUGACGGAAAUUUAUAUCAAGAUGAAAAUCGAGUUUGGCGGCUGUUAAAAGAAGUCGUUGAAGGUUUAGCUUAUAUACACGAACAAGGAAUUAUUCACAGAGACUUGAAGCCGGUGAAUAUUUUCAUCGAUUUUAAUGAUCAUGUUAAGAUUGGUGACUUCGGACUCGCUACUCCCAAUAAGUUAGUAACGAAUACCGAAAUUUUAUAUUUUAACGCUUCAUUUGUGCGUAUCGGCGGGUUAUAUAAAUAUAUACGGGUGAAUUUUCAUUUCAGGUCAAUUGCUACGAAAACACAAGCUAGUUUACUGGCUUCUGGAAACGACGACAGUGUGUUGCAAGGUGAUACGAAUGCGUCGCAUACCGGUCAAGUAGGCACUGCGCUUUACGUUGCUCCUGAAUUGAAUUGCUCGGCUUCGAAAAUACAUUAUAAUCAGAAAGUCGAUAUAUACAGUUUGGGUAUAAUAUUUUUCGAAAUGUGUUACCCUCCUCUCCAAACGCAAAUGGAACGUUUCAAGAUUUUAACUAAUUUGAGGAAAAGUUCCAGAGAUUUCCCGCCUGAUUUUCUAGAUUCGGAACGGUGUCGUCAAAUUAAAUUAAUUCGCGAGUUAUUAAAUCAUAACUCGACAGAAAGACCUAGCGCUGCUGAAAUUUUGCUCAAAGAAUACAUUCCUUUGGCUGAGCUCGAAGAUGAAAAGAUAAAUGAAACGAUACGCCACACGUUAUGCAAUCCUCAAAGUAAAAUGUACAAACAUUUAAUCGCCGAAUGCUUUAAUCAGAAAGUGUCCGCUGCCGAAGAUAUCACCUUCAAUGUCCCUUCUCAUCUAAAGACCGUUUGGCAACACGCUUUUGUUGAAAAAAUGGCGGAUCACGCUCGUAAAAUUUUUCGUCUUCACGGAGGCAUCUACUUCAGUACACCGUAUCUAACUCCAAAUAACGGCGUUGGCCUAGCUGAUACGGUGGCUGUAUCGUUAAUGACUCGUUUUGGAAAUAUCAUCACAGCACCGUACGAUCUGAGAUUAUCAUUCGCCCGUUAUUUGGCUCAAAAUCCGCACAUCACGCAUAUGAAAAGAUACACCGUCGAUAGAGUAUUUCGAGAAAGAAGAAUGCUAGGCGUUCAUCCUAAAGAAAAUUUUGAAUGCACUUUCGAUAUCGUUAGUCCGAACUCGUCUAAUUUAGCCAUGGAAGCUGAAAUAUUAUCGAUAGCGAGCGAAUUCCUCGAAAAUGUUUCGGAUUGUUUUCAAAAAAACUACGUCAUCCGUCUGAAUCAUGUUUCAUUAGUGACUGCGAUAUUGUAUCAUCAUCAAGUGGUUUCUAAAAAACAUCAAACGGUGUGCAAUUUUUUAAGUAAAUUGAAGUUUCCGACCACUGCAUACUCGUCUUUCAAAAUAAAUUCGUUGAAUGAAUUACCUACCGAUAUUUCCGACAUUGUUAUGAUGAAUUUGAUCAAUUCGAUGAACGUCGAAGUACAACCGGGUAAAUUUUCUUCGCAUUUCAACCAUUUGCUGAAAAAAAAUACGGCUUCGAGUGGUGCCUGUCGCGUCGCACUUGUGCAGUUGGAAAACCUCAUUCAAUUGUUGACUUGUAUGAAAAUUAAGUGCCCGAUCGUUAUUGCACCCAAUGUGAUUACGAAUCUGCCUUAUUAUUCGGGAAUUAUGUUUCAAAUAGUUUGGGAGCAUAAAAAUAAGAAUAACUGCGAUAGAGACAUAAUCGCAGCCGGAGGACGUUACGAUAAUCUUAUAAUGCAAUACAGAAAUGCUCUAAAUGUGAUAAAAGAAACUAAACAGUCGGCUGUUGGUCUUUCUAUUUACCUGGAUCGAUUAGGCAACGCUUUACAACCAGAAUACCAUCAUUUCUCUACGGUUGAUGUUCUCGUAUGCUCCGUCGGCUCGAGUAAUUUAAUAGACGAAAAGUUGAAAAUUAUUAAAGAAUUAUGGACUGCUGAAAUUCGUAGCACAAUUUUAAACGUCGAACAGAGUUUGGAAGAAACCCAAGAAUACUGCUGCAAAAUGAAGAUACCUUAUAUAUUAUAUUUGAAAGAAACCGAACCUGGUAUGAUUCGAUUGAGGUCGUGGACUCGUGAAAAGUUGCACGAAAAAAAACUCACUAUAUCGGAAAUUGUGCCUCAUUUAAAAAGGAUAAUAAAAAGCAACAGCGGAAACGUUGAACAUGUAAACGGUACGAAUCAUCAUCACAGUCGAUCUGAAUCCAGAAGUGCAUCUGUUGGAAUCAACGAAACUCAAACUCAAACUCAUAACGUCAGUAUCACCUUCUUAACCGAAGAAAAAUUCUCUUCCAACAACAGAAAACGUUAUGAAAAUCAAGCUUUCAAUAGUAUUUCAAAUUAUCUCCCCAAAAUAUCGACUAAAACCAGAAUAGAGUUGAUUAUUUUGAACACACCUUACGAAGUAUUGGGCGCUAUCGUAUCUGUAAUAGAUUUAAAUUCGAAAACCACCGAUCACCUGUCUCCCCUGAUUAAAAAGUAUCCGAAGUAUAAAAAAUGCUUAAAUCGUGUGAGCGAGCACAUUGAAAAGUUGCAAGCUUUGGAACACAUACCUGUGAUCAUUUUUUACACCACCGAAAAUAACAACUGCAAAAUUCUAAUUUAACAUUUUUUUUUCUGUGUCAUUUAAUUAAUGUUUUCUUUUUUCGUGAUAUUUUUUGUAUUGAAUUUCGUAAAAUAAAUUGAAUUUUUUGUAUC